UUCCCAAAUCCCAGAGACAUAUAUUGAUCUUGAAUCUCUUCCUACUCCAACACUUUAUAAUUCAUAUCUAAUAAUCUUUCUAUGAAUUGCUUGGUGUUGCCGUUAUCAUUGAUCCGAAGACGCUCGAUGGGGUACCGGCCCCUAACCAAUGACAAAGAAUCUGACAGCCCUGUGACCGUGGUGGUGGGAAAAGAGAAGAGGGUGUUCCUCGUGGAUCCUUUCGUAUUAGAAGAAAACCCUUUUCGAGUUUUGAUGGACACGUCCAUGAGGAAGAAGGAUCAACGACGUAGAGUGGUCUUUGUCGACGUGGAUGCCAUUUUGUUCGAGCACAUGUUGUGGCUCAUGCACAAUGAUUGUUCUUCUUUCUUCAACCUUAAUUUGAACGAGAUUAUUGACUUUUAUGCUCAGGAUAUAUAAUCAUAACAUUUGUUGGGGAUAUCGCUGGAACACAAGGUGAAGAACUAUUCAGCACUUUCUAUGAAGUGAAUAUCCACAAGGAGAAAUAUUCACAAGG